AUGGAGUUUAUAAAGGGAGAAGAUAUAUUUAGCUGGUGUAGAAGCAAAGGUGUAGAUGCACAGAAAAGUUUAAGCAUUUUGGGAAAUUUUAUGGAAAUAAUAGAUGAAGAUAUUGUAAGUGAAGUUAAGAAAAUGUAUGGAAUAAAACAACCCUAUAUUGUAGAUAAAUGGAAAGGAAUUAAUGAUGACAUAUGUGCCAUUCUACUUAGUAAUGACAAUACAUUAGAUGCAUCUGUAAUACCAGCUAAUAUUUUAAUUGACAAAGCCCCUGGUAAGAAAUGGAAAAUAAUGUGGCCAGUGGAUAAGUAUGUAGAUGGGGGGCAGAAGACCUUAAUGCAAGAGGAUAGUAAAAUUGAGAGUACAAAUGCAGGAUGUUACCCCAAUAACAGUAAUACUUCCGAAGAAGAAUUAUUAGAUAAGGGUAAAAUAGAUCCUCAAGUGGAAAAUGUAAUGGAUAAAGUGGUUAGUCAUUUUGAACGAUGGCAUUAUGAAGGGGGGUAUCGGAGAUUAAGGAUCUUUUCAGGGGUAACACCAGUUCCCACAGGAGAAGAGAGCUAUGAUGUAUGGCGAGAGGCGGCGGUACAACAUUCAGAGGAGUGGAGAUGCCCCGAGCACAUAAAAAAACAAAGAAUUGUGGAGAGUUUGAGGGGACCCGCCAUGGGAAUAAUUCAUGCCACCAGGAGAAGUAACACUCAAGCUACUUUGAAAAAUUAUUUUGAAGCCUUGGACUAUUCAUUUGGGACUGUGGAAGAUGUAGGGGACAUUCUAUCUAGAUUAAAUCAAACUUACCAAGAGCCUAAUGAGACGCUUACCAAUUACAUUUAUCGAUUAGAUAAAAUUCUCUACAAGCUUCUGGAUAAAGGAGGGAUUAAUCCCCAGGAAAUUGAUGAGAGGCGAUUGAAACACAUCUUGAGAGGGGCUCUUACUACUAACCCAGUAGCUCAACGUUUAAGGUGUAGUCUGCCAAGGGAGCCUGCUCCUACUUUAGGAGAAUUGAUAAAAGAAGUAAAAGUGGAAGAAGUACAGAUCGAAAACCGAGAGAAGAAUUUAAAACGAGUUAAAAUAAUUGCUCCUACUGUGGAUGUUACGUCAGUAAAUGAGCAAUUACUCAAGUUAAUAGAGGAACAAAACAAGAAAUUAGAUCAAUUAAUUUCUCUACAACACACUCCAAAUGCAGCGUCAAGAGUUUCCCCUCCUGGCCGGGGUAGAGGAUUUAACCGGAGAUCAGUGGAUAAUUCUAAUAUCACCUGCUUUAAAUGUGGACAAUUAGGACAUAGGUCCUUUGAAUGUAAUCAGGGAAGAAUGUUCUCUUCACUCUCAGCUACACCGGAUAGACGUCAACAGGAACAGUCGGAAAACGUAGAAGGGAUGUCGAUGAACCCCGCACCGACUCCCAACCCAUAA